CGACAAGUGCGAAUCUACGACGAGCGUUUUGCGUGCAAAGUGUCUGGACAGCUACAAACGGACUUUUUUCGUUGCCGCAUAUAGUGCUGCUUACUGAAUAAAAAUGACCAAGACACCGGCAAUAGGCAUCGACCUUGGCACGACCUACUCGUGCGUGGGUGUUUUCCAGCACGGAAAAGUGGAAAUAAUCGCCAACGACCAGGGCAACCGCACAACACCCAGCUAUGUCGCCUUUACGGAUACCGAGCGCCUUGUGGGCGACGCGGCCAAAAAUCAGGUCGCCAUGAACCCCAGCAACACAAUUUUCGAUGCCAAGCGUUUGAUUGGCCGACGAUUCGAUGACCCGACGGUUCAGAGCGACAUGAAGCACUGGCCCUUCACGGUGAUCAACGACGGCGGCAAGCCCAAAAUUCAAGUGGAGUACAAGGGAGAGAAAAAGAGCUUCUAUCCCGAGGAGGUCAGUUCGAUGGUGCUCGUGAAGAUGAGGGAGAUCGCCGAGGCGUACCUGGGCGGUACCGUGACCAACGCCGUAAUAACCGUGCCAGCGUAUUUCAACGACUCCCAGCGGCAGGCAACCAAAGACGCCGGCACCAUAUCCGGCCUGAACGUCUUGCGCAUAAUAAACGAACCCACGGCCGCUGCCAUCGCCUACGGCCUCGACAAGAAAACCGCAGGCGAGAAAAACGUCCUGAUUUUUGACUUGGGGGGCGGCACGUUCGACGUGUCCAUUCUCACCAUCGAGGAUGGCAUUUUUGAAGUCAAGUCCACGGCUGGCGAUACGCAUCUCGGAGGGGAAGACUUCGAUAGCAGGAUGGUCAACCAUUUCGUACAGGAGUUCCAGCGCAAAUACAAAAAAGACCUGGCGAGCAAUAAAAGAGCAGUGCGCCGUCUGCGGACCGCCUGCGAGCGUGCCAAACGCACUCUUUCUUCCUCAACGCAGGCCAGCAUCGAGAUAGAUUCGCUCUACGAGGGCAUCGACUUUUACACCAGCAUCAGCCGUGCCCGUUUCGAGGAGCUCUGCGCAGACCUGUUCCGUGGCACCCUCGAACCCGUCGAGAAAGCGUUGCGCGACGCCAAGAUGGACAAAGCACAGGUGCACAGCAUCGUCCUCGUAGGUGGCUCGACGCGCAUCCCCAAAAUCCAAAAGCUGCUGCAGGACUUUUUCAACGGCAAGGAGCUGAACAAGUCCAUCAACCCGGACGAGGCAGUCGCCUAUGGAGCCGCGGUCCAAGCUGCCAUACUCCACGGCGACAAGUCCGAGGAAGUCCAGGACCUGUUGCUCCUCGACGUGGCUCCCCUGUCCCUGGGAAUCGAGACCGCGGGUGGCGUCAUGACUGCCCUGAUCAAGCGCAACACCACCAUACCGACCAAACAGACCCAGACCUUUACAACCUACUCGGACAACCAGCCGGGUGUUUUGAUCCAAGUGUUCGAGGGCGAGCGCGCCAUGACCAAGGACAACAAUCUUUUGGGCAAGUUUGAGCUGUCGGGCAUACCACCGGCACCGCGCGGCGUCCCCCAGAUCGAGGUGACCUUCGACAUAGACGCCAAUGGCAUACUGAACGUGACGGCGGUCGACAAGUCAACCGGCAAGGAGAACAAGAUCACCAUUACGAACGACAAGGGUCGGCUCAGCAAGGAGGACAUCGAGAGUAUGGUCAACGAGGCCGAGCGCUACCGUAACGAGGACGAGCAGCAGCGCGAGAAAAUCGCUGCAAAGAACUCCCUCGAGUCGUACUGCUUCAACGUCAAGAGCAGCGUCGAGGACGAAAAGCUCAAGGACAAGGUCAGCCCCGGGGAUAAGCAGAUCGUCCUGGACAAGUGCAAGGAGGUCAUUGCCUGGCUGGAUGCCAAUCAGCUCGCUGAAAAGGACGAGUUUGCGGACAAGCAGAAGGAGCUCGAGUCGGUCUGCAGCCCCAUCAUCAAGAAGCUUUACCAGGGUGGUGCUGGUCCGGGGAUGCCAGGUGCGACUGGGGCUGGUGGUGGCCCGACCAUCGAAGAAGUCGACUAAUUUCGUUGGCGAUUACGGCUACUGACUCCUGCAUGUAUCGACAGAGUAUAUUUUUGUACACGUACUUUACAUUACAAAAAACGCAAGUGUGAUAGGGAUUUUUUCUUCUUCUACUUUUAACCAUCUCUUGAACUCGAUCGUGUAGGAAAAAUGAGCUUUAUUAGUUGCUCAACGACUAUAUUACAAUUUAUCUUACAGUUAAACAUCCAAAAUAGGCUGAAACAACUUUUUUUUUUUUUUCUUUUUUUUUUCUUUGUUAUAAACAACGUGAACAUCGAUUCUUCACCGAUCGAUCAAGUGUAUAUCUUGUACAAUCGUAUGCCCAUAUAUACGUACUGUAAAUUAGACUGCGUCAUUGUUGUUUUUCAUAAGCUUGCUUAAUUUUGCACCAUCGAAAUAGCCAAACACCUUUUUUUUCUCCUUUUUUUCUUUUUCUAGUUAACAUAACAGUACGUUCUUUCAACUUAUGAUUCCUAAAAAAUGCUUAAUUUGUACAUCUUAAAUUUUAUACAAUAAACUGAACAUUUUUAUCAUUCAACAUGACGUAUAUUAUAUGCUUAUGAUCCGUGGUUAUAUGCGUAUGAUAACGGUGUAUGAUUUGAGAUACAAUUUUUCAAUAGUUUAAGAAGCUUCAAUAAGUACUCAUUCUGCCAUCGAUAUGGUCGUUAACUCGUCAAAAUUUUGAAUUUUUUUUUUUUUCACUUAGCAAUCCCAUAUUUUGGGUUGUUAUUUUUCAUUGUAAAAGGCAGCGAUUUUUAUAUAUCUCAAUAUAUCAUUUAUUUUUAUUAUUUUUUAAUUUUUUAUUAACUUUAUUAUUAUAUGCAAAGGGAAUUCGGUUCUAUGAUUCAUAAAUGCGUGCAGAUUUUCAGAUAAAUCUGUCAGUACGAAAACAUUUUUCGUUCACU